UGAAAAAUGAGUGAUAUAUUUUAAGGAAAUAGAAGUGGAAUCUCUUAAGGAAGUUAAUUUGAUGCGUAAUAUCUAUAAUAUUGAAUUUUAGAUUAGGUGCAAGUUUUGGUAGAAUUCUUCCACAUGAUAAACAAAGUAUUGGAUCAAAUAAUGGUGGAGGCAGCUUUGCAUAAGUUCCUGUUUCAUUUUUAGUAUAACCAGAUUAAUACAGAUCAUCUGUGGGUUCAGAGGAAGUUGUUGCUCCAAUUUAAAUAUAUGAAUAUUAAGAACCUAGUAAUUAAAAAGGAAUCUUUUUUAGAAGCAGUGGAGAUUUUGAAAUGCAAUUUGAAGAAAUUAGAAUUGAUAGAUUGAAUAUUGAUUAACAAUAAAAAGUUGAAAAUAAUCCAUAAUUAAUACCAAAUAAUAGUUAAAGGUCAUCUAAUGACUUUGAAAUGAAAAUAUGUAAUGUUCUAUAAUUAAUAUAGAAUCUGCAUAAUAAAUCAGUACAAAUUUUAAACCAGAAAUUAAUUAGAUGAUCAAUCCAAAUAUUAUUGAAGAAAAUAAAAAUCUUUUUAAUGUUAAUAUUUCAAAGAGCAUUUAUACAAAUAAAAUAACAUAACUUGUUGAAUAAACAUAAUAGAAAUUAAUCCAAUCAUCCAAGAAUUAAACACACACUCAUCUAUCGUAAUUUUUAAUCAUCCAUCUUAUAGAAAAAGCCAAUAAAAAUUAUAAAGAAAAUCACCUAAUUUAUAAAGAGAUCAUUCAGAUUUGUCAUCAGAUUUUAAUUAGCAAAAUAGUAAUGAUCCUAAUUAAGAUCCAAUAUAAUAAAAAUUGGCUAAAAAUAGAGAAUCUGCAAGAAAUUCUAGGGCAAGAAAGAAAAUUUAUUAUGAAUUAUUGGAAGUAAAAGCUUAGGAAUUAUAAAAUGAAGUGGAUUCAUUAAAAUAAUAGAUUCAAAAUUAAUAAAAGUAUACUGAAAUUUGUAAUAAAUCUUAAGAAAAAGUAAUUUAUUCUAGGAUUAUUAGUUUUAAAUGUUCUUAGAAUAAUAAUAAUUAUUAUUUGAUAAACUUGAAACAUACUUAAUAAAAAAUAAAGAUAAUGUAGAAAUAGGGAUGAUUUUAGAUGCUCUAAGAUAUAGAACAAAUUCAAAUAGUUAAGAAAGAAAUGAUGCAGCAAGGAACUAUUUUGAUUAAAUGGUAGAAGUUUGUCUACCUAUUCAAACUAGAUACUUGAUUUAUGCAUUGGAAAAAAAUAAGGAUUUUUUUGCUUUAUAACCAAAGUAUAUAUAUUUUUUGAAUUCAAUACCAGUGAUUAUUCUGAUUGGAUGGUUGAUUCUUUUUAGAAGACAGAUAUCAAGCCUGAGUAAAUAGUGAAAGUAAAAAAAAUGAAAGCUAAAUUAUAAAGUGUUAGAAAUAAUAUAUCAGAGUAAUAAAUUAAUAAUUAUUAACAAUAGUUCAAUUCAUAAAAUAAAAGAAUAAUUAAAAUUAAUUUAGAGUGAAGCGUUGAAAGUAGAUUAAAUGUGGGAAUAAUUGAAAGAAUGUUUAUCACCAAUCUAAUUAGGAUCAUGUAUAUUGGCAAUGAGAUAAGUAAAAUAUAGUAAUAAAUAAUAAGAAUUAAUACCGAUAAGAAUUAUAAACAUCAUCCUUAUUUAUAUAACUGAAGAAUUCACAAAUGGUAUUAAAUUCAUAAUGUAUUAUAUUAGUCAGAUGAAGAUGAUAUAUAAAGUAAUCAUGAAUAAUUUACUAUUUCAAAAAAUAGAAAAUUAAUAAAAAAAUCAUAGAGCUGA